AUGCAGGCUGCGGGCGAUUCGGAUGGCCUCGGCCAUGGGUCUCGUGGUUCUCUGGUCGAGUCUGCUGAUUCUGGGGUUGACAGGCAGUCGGAGGAUGUGUCGUCCACAUUCGCUCCUAAAAUUAUCCAGUUCGUGAACGAGCCCGCAUUAGACCGCCCCGACGGCAGCCUUGAAAGCAGGAUACUGCGGCAAAUUGAGUUCUACUUCUCCGAUGCAAAUAUAUUGAAAGAUCAGUUCCUCCUGAAAUCUGUCAAAACCAAUAAAGAGGGUUGGGUGAAGCUGUCUACAAUUGCCGGAUUUAGGCGCGUUCAAUCACUAACGAAGGACGAAGAUACGAUUCAAAGGGCUUUAAAAAACUCAACCCAAGUAGAAGUUUCUGAAGACGGUACACGUAUAAGACGUAGGCAUCCACUUCCGGAAUGGGACAAAUCUAUCUACUCAAGAACUAUACUCAUAACGCGCUUUAAGGAGAAGGACAUUAUAACUGUGUUUUCCGUUGGUGAAUUUUUCGAGUCGAUGAAUUUAAACGUCAAACUUGUGCGCAUCAUCGAUCCCGGUAAAACCAUACCACCAGAUCUAAUCAAGUCGGCAUCACUUAUUGGUUUUCUUGGUAAGGAAAGGUGUGCUGUCGUCGAAUUUGAUUCACGGGAAUCGGCUUUGAGGGCUCUCGGUGUUACAAAGAGUGCCUGGCCGUAUUCUUACUGUACUUCCCUGCAGCGCAGACUAAAACCAUCUGAACCAUUAAAAUCGAGGGAAAAUCUCAAGAAAGACGCUGUCUCACGACCGGAUUUGUCUGCGCGACCUCAAAUAUCGUUGGCUUCUGGUGUGUAUAACAACGUGAAAGUCGAACUUAUCCGUGAUCCGAGGGCACCACCAAACGAAAAUAGCGUUGGUUUUGAACCGAACUGGCGCGAGACGCUGCGCCUCCAACGGCUGAGCAUGGCGGACCAUAAUGAGGACUCUUCCCACUCCAAUUCCGUCUCUUCAGAUGAAUUCUUUACGCCUCAGGCACCCUCUCCUAGAACUCAAAUUAACCCUUCUGCUGUGCCCCCUGCAUCCUCGCCCGCCCAACCUGCUUCACAACUUAUGCUCCUUGAUGAAGCCAUCGUCUCCGUGAUUCCAACUCCGCAAAACGAGCAUAUUGAGUUGCAUCGUAAACGCCAUGGUUACAGACUCGACUACUUUGAGAGAAAACGGAAGAAAGAGGCUCGCGAGCCUCACGAGAGAGCGCAAAAGGCGAGAAAAUUGCGUGGCCUGAAGGCAAAGAUUGCAAAUAAGGAACGCUUUAAGGAGAAGGUUCAAAUGAGGAAAACGAUUCGCAUGCAUGAAAUGAGAAAUGUAAAGCAGAAGGCAGGCGAAGCAGGUGGACUGGGCGAAAAGCCUGUAUUUUUGCUUGAUCGCGAAGAGCAAAAUAUAUCUAAGGUCCUUUCAAAUACAGUCAAGCAAAAACGUGCUGAGAAGGCUGGCAAAUGGCAAGUUCCCUUGCCGAAGGUUCGCACGGUGUCAGAAGCUGAGGCAUUCAGGGUGGUGAAAUCGGGGAAAUCAAAACGGAAGGCUUGGAAGCGUAUGGUGACCAAGAUGUGUUACGUUGGUGACAAUUUUACAAGAAAGCCACCGAAGUUUGAACGUUUUAUCCGUCCCAUGGCGUUACGUGCCAAGCGAGCCAACGUUACCCAUCCCGAAUUGAAAUCCACCUUUUGUUUGCCCAUCAUUGGCGUAAAAAAGAAUCCCAGUUCUCCUUUAUACACGAGUCUUGGGGUGAAUGUGAGCGACCUUGGUUUGGUAACUCCUGGUGGCAAGGUCGUGUGGGGCAAAUACGCUCAAGUGACGAACAAUCCCGAGAACGAGGGCUGCGUGAAUGCGGUUCUUAUCGUCUGA